CUUUUAGCUGUCAAUUUUCCCUUAAAAUCACAAUGUCAUCUGCUUCAAUUCGUCGUCGUAAGUUAAAGAUAGAAAAUCCAGAAAAGUAUGCUGAAAUUUUGGCAAAACAUAGAGAGACAGUCAAGAAGUACAGAGACAAAAAAAAGAGGAAGUGGGAAGAAGGUACCCAUACCCAGGCUGAAAUUGAUGAAUUCUACGAUCAAAAAUUAAAGAACAAACAGUAUAAAAGGGAGUAUUACUUGAAAAUAAAGGCACAGAGGUCUCGUCAAACACGAAACAGUGCUGGUGCCAAUCCAAACACUCCUAAUUCUGAGAACAAAAAAAGAAGACCCAAGGAUAUGUCACCUAAUGAUUUAAAAGAAUAUAAAACAAGCCAGAGAAGAGCCCAGCGAGCAGCUUUGAGCUAUCAAAAAAAAACUGCUAUAAGGCUUUAAGAUAGACAAAGGAUGAGAAAAAAACGUGAGGCAGCUAAGCUUGAUAAGAGUCCUGCUGGGCGACCAGAUAGAUUUGGACGUCUUAAACAAUCAGCUCAUGAUCUGAAUCAUGAAAGAAAGCCUCUAGCAACUCGCAACAAUGCCAACGUUAGCAAAUUACCCAUGUCCAGCACUAAGCUGCCCAUGUCGAGUAGUCGGUUGAAAAGGGCCAGAAGUCCUGAUGUUUGUGAGCCUGUGGGGAAAAAAACUAAAGUGGACCAUUCUUCAAAUGACUCACUACUAAAUUCUAGUAAAAGGUCAGUUUCUUCUUCGUCUUUAACAAAGGCACCAUCAUCUGCUUUGAAAUCAAAUAUGAAGAAGACUGGAUCAUCAACUAACCUUAUGAAAAAACCAGCAGCAGGGCCAGUAACUAGUCGCAACAUUCAGACAGUGGCAGCAGCUAGAAAUGCUCGUUCGCAAAUAAAACCCAUUGCUAAUACAGUUGCAAGACCAAAACCUACUCCUUCCUCAAGCUUUUCAAGACCUGCUCAGAACCUUGACUCCUCAGUUGUAUCUACUGGAAUGCCAAAGAAACGCCCAGCUUGGGAUCUCAAAGGUCGUCUUCAAGAUAUGGAAACAUUUGUUCAAAAGCAGGCUUUGGAUAGUUCUUCUCUUCAAAACAAGAUGUCCGAAUACUUGGGCCGUAUUGCCCUUCUAGAGUCCACUAAUCAGAAGCUGAGCGGUGAUGUUGAAGAAAAGGAAGUGGCCACUAAGCAUGCUGGACAAAGCAUUCAAGAACUUAGGAACAAAUUAAGUGCACUAGAGCAACAACAUCAAGAAAGCAAAAGGAAACUACUAAAUGAUAUUGAGGACCUUGAGUUUCAAAAGCAGACUUUGGAGAGACACAAGAUUACCCUGGAGGGUGACCUUGCUGCUUCUUUGAAAGAGAUUUCUCAGUUGAAGAUGACUGUGUCUGAGCUGACGUCGUCACAGGCAACUUUAAGAGCAGAGCUGGAAUGCACAAAGGUACAACUUACCAGCGCACACAAAAACAUUGCUGAGCGAGACGACAUCAUUCUUGAGAAGAUAAACAUCAUAAGGAUGAGAGACGAGAGCAUACAAGAUUACCAGAUGAGGGAGAGGUGUCAUGAGACAGAGAGAAGGAAACUACACAACACAAUUCAAGAACUUAAAGGAAACAUUCGUGUAUUUUGUCGUGUGAGACCUUUGCUUGGAGAAGAACAGCUUGGCAAUAAUGGAAUCAUUAACCAUAUCAAUUUUCCUGACAUGGACUCUAAGAUUAUUGAGUUGGACAAAUUGGCAGAUGUUUCAGUUAAUGAGAGUAUGCUUAGUUCAAAGACUGCAAGGGGGGUUAGUAAAUAUGAAUUUACAUUUGAUAAAGUGUUCAAACCUGAAUCUUCACAGUCUGAGGUGUUUGAGGAAAUUUCUCAGUUAGUUCAGAGUGCCCUGGAUGGUUACAAUGUUUGUAUUUUUGCCUAUGGUCAGACUGGGUCUGGUAAAACAUUUACCAUGGAGGGAUCUUUAGAUACUGAAAGUCAAUUAGGCAUGAUUCCUAGGGCCGUGAAACAAAUCUUCAAGACUUCCUCUGACCUGUCUUCUAAAGGAUGGCAGUAUGUAAUGCAAGCCUCGAUGCUGGAGAUCUACAAUGAAACUAUCAGAGAUUUGCUUGGGAAAGCCAGAGACGAGAAACUGGAAAUUAAAAUGAUUAAAGGAGACAAUGAUGUGCAUGUCCCAAACUUGACCAUUUUUGAGGUCAAAAAUGAGGAUCAAGUUCUAGGUUUACUUAGAAAGGCUUCAGAAAACAGGGCUGUGGCAGAAACCAAGUGCAAUGAACAUUCUUCAAGGAGUCACUCUGUCUUUCAACUUCGACUAACAGGCACAAACAACAUCACUGGGGAGUCCUGCAAAGGAAUGUUGAACUUGGUAGACUUGGCUGGAAGUGAAAAAGUGAAAGAUUCUGGGUCAGAAGGCCUGAGGUUGAAUGAGGCCAACAAAAUUAAUAGCAGUUUGAGUCACUUACAAUCUGUCUUCUUGGCUUUGACUAAAAAGGACAAACACAUCCCAUACAGGAACUCGAAGUUGACUCACCUACUACAGAACUCACUGGGAGGAAACAGUAAGACUUUGAUGUUUGUCAAUGUCUCACCUAAAGAGGAAUGUUUCAGUGAAUCUCUGACCUCACUCAGAUUUGCAACCACUGUGAACCAGUGCAAUAUUGGAACUGCCCAGAAGAAGAAAUAAUUGACUUGACCACUGUUAGACUCAUGACAAGCAAUAGAGUAUAGGUACUUGAUUUGUAUUCACCCAGUAGUUGACUUUCUCCGGGCAGCAUUACUUUCAGUCACCUGAUUUCAUCUACAGCAUUGACUUAGAGGCAUUAUUAAAAUGACCGUCUUUCUCUAGUUUGUACAAUUUCACAUGAACUUCAUCUCCAGCUCUGGCCAUUUGUAAAUAAGUAAAUGUAAGGGAUUAUUUAAUAAUAAUAUUAAUAUGAUGUACAUUUUUUUUGUUAUAUUCAUCUGAUGAAACUGGCCCAAUUUUUCAAAAUGCUUUAGUUUUAUCAUUUAUAGGUCAACCUUUUUAAGAAUAGUUUUUAAAAAUGUUUCUUGGUUAUAUAAUGCACCUAUUUCCAUCUCUCAAUGUAAUUGUUUUAAAGUUUUGUGCCUUAAUGUCAUUGUUGUUGUUUUUUCAUCUUCCUCACACAUCUGUACAGUUCAUUUCAAAGAUAUAUUUUUUAAAUCAUUUUAAUAUUCUUCAUUAAAUCAGUAGCCAAUUGGA